AGUAGAGCAAGGCAAAGAAAAUGGAUGGUUGUGCUAACAAGCUAACAGGAUAAUCCCAGUGUUAGCUGGAUAAUAAUCCAAUUUGGUCGGAGGUAUGCGUUCAGAUUUCCUCGUGGCGUCCAUGCAAAACAUCUUACAGCCGUUAAAGCCUUGAUUCAUUCCAGUGGAUGUCUGUGUGGAACCAAUGGAGAAUAUUGCAGGGUCAGAGGAGCAGCAGAGCCAGUCAGAAGCUUCGGAUGAUAAACCGGGAUUGUCCCAGAUUAGAAAGUCCUGGGGUUUUAGGCGAUCAACUCUAGCUCGACGCGAGUUCAUGGAAGAAGUCGGAGACUUAAGCCAUAGCCCUCCACCUCUACGGCGAGUCAGAGGCCGUUGUCUUACAAGAACAACGAUGGCCUGUAAAGACAACAAAGGUGUCGAAUCUCCUCAAGAAUCUCGGACUGUUAUAGAAGAUCUUGAGUGGUCUGCCUCGUGCUCACCUGUAUCUGAGGAGACAAAACCAGCUGUGGCCUCUGCGGGAGGGUGUCUUGACCCAAGCAUGUGGCAGGAUAUUGGGUCUGCUUUCCACACAGCUUUCACUCUUCUUGGUGGGGAUGAGGAUUUGUCAAUGGAAAUGUCUCGAGCUUUGGCAGUCACAGAUAGUUUGGGAGUUGGCAAUGCCACAGAGGCUGCUCCUCCACAGGCUGCAGAUGACACAGAGGUGUCUGAACUCAGGGGGCCUACAGACAGUGUCGGAAUUUCGCAUCCUGUUGCUUCAGACCAAGUGGCACAAGUGGAUGUUGAUAAUGUUCUUUUAAUCUCAAGUCAAGAAGAGGAUAGCGAUGACAUGCCUUUGAUACAAACCAAGGAGCAGUUGGACUCAAAAGCCAAGCAGGGAGGCAGAGCCGGCAGAGGCGGAAGAGGAAAGGCCAGAGGGAGAUGGAGGGGGCGAGGAAAGGGAAAAGGCAGAGGAAGGGGCAGAGGGAGAGCUAAGACAGUGGAGGUUGCAUCAAUUGCGGUAGAUGAUGAUGAUGAUGAUGAUGAUGAUGUGAUACUUGUUAAUCCACCAGAUACACUCUCUGUUAUGACUCUGACUCCUAUUCAACAAACAAGGUCAGACUUUAUUAUUGUAGACACAGAUGUCGAUCAGAAUAGUGACACAACUUCAGGCCAGUGUGAUGAUGCACCAGAGGAGGAGGAGGGCAAGCAAGGCGACAGUGUCAUUAAGAAUGUUACGGAAUAUUCAAGUUUAUCGGACUCCAAGGGUUAUGACCCCAAUGCUCUGUACUGCAUCUGUCGGCAAAAACACAACAAAAGGUUCAUGAUUUCCUGCAACAGUUGCCAGGAGUAUUUCCAUGGCGACUGUGUUGGUAUCAGUGAGGCAGAAGGCUGUAAAGAGUACAUCUGCCCACCUUGCACAACAAAGCAGAUGAGCCAAUUCCCAUCUGAGUGUCACUCCCAGGCAGAACCAGAAAUUUCUCCUGAGAGCUUGUCACUCAGUCCUUCUGGUGAAGAACCAGAGGGGAAAGAGGAGUGGGAGCCCCUAAAGAAGACUGUAGAUUUGGAGGCGAAUGACAUAGAGGAGGUUCCUGCAAUAAGGACUGAGCCUGGUCCUGAACCUGAAGGAGAGAUUGAGACAGAUUGUUCUGGUUCACUGUGUAUCGGACCAGGAUGCUCCAAACCAGCAUUACAGGACUCUGUUUAUUGUGGCACUGAUUGCAUUGUUCAGCAUGCUGCCGUCACUAUGAAGUCCCUCUCUGACACAAAGGUGCCCAAUCCUAGAGGUCAAGUGCAGAGAAAAGCCACACCUAUAAUACCUACUGCAAAGGGUCAAUGCUCUAGUAGGGUGUCUGCGAGGUUAGCAGCAAAAGCUGAGGAAUGUGCCAAAGAGGAGGAGCUGAUGGAAACUGAUGGAAGACAGAAAGAGGCUACGUCUUCCAUAGCCUGUGACCCCACUCUCACAGAAGUUCAGGCCACUCCGCAACCAUCACCUAAGUUUUACACAGCGUCUUCAACGGAAUGUAAACAAAUAGAGAGUGAAACUCACCAAAAACAAAAUUCAGAGGACCCCUCAAUGGAUGCGUGUCCCCCACCUCAACUUGUGUCUGAACCAGUUGCUCCACAAAGUAACUCUCAUGUCAGCAUAAAGAAGUCGACAAAAAGUGACACUUCUGUUGAAACAACUGAAAAAUCGAAUCCCUCCACACCACCCGUAAGAAAAAAAUCUGUUCCAUCUCUGGCCUCCCAAUCUCCAACCACAUUAGGAUCUGAACACAAUGAAACCGGGGCUGUUUUGAACUCUUUGACAUCAUAUAUAAUACCAAAGAAGCAAUCUGGACUUCAGUCCUCAUCAAGCCACAUGAUAGCCUCAUGCCAGAAGCCUUCGGUCCCAACCCUGCUGAAUGAGCCCCGAAAUCUGCCUGUGCCACCUGCACCAAGCGCUCCCCCCUCUAGACCCUCUCAGCCAAAUAACCAGGUCAGACAGAGCAUCCAACGCUCCCUCACCAGCAUCUUGUCCAAAAGGGUUUGUGACUGUGAGGAAUUGACCAUGUCUGAAAGUGAUGCUGCAAAGCUUGUUGCGAGCAUUGAGAUGGAGAUGUUCAACAUAUUUCGGAAUACAGACAGCAAAUACAUGAAUAAGUACAGAACAAUUAUGUUCAACCUGAAAGAUCCGAGAAACAAGGGCUUGUUGUAUCGAGUUGUACAAGGAGACAUUAGUCCUUUCAGACUGGUCAGAAUGAGCCAAAAGGACAUGCAGGCAACCAAGGCCCCAGACCACAGUGUAAAGGACACAUCAGAGGUUGAAAAUCCAGCUGCCAAAGCGUCUCGCUUGUUGCAGAAGCCUGAAGCUGUGAAGAUUGAUCUUUCCUGUUUAAAUGUCACUAAACCUGAAGCGGUGAAGGUUGAGCUUUCCUGUUUAAAUAACCCUAAACCUGACAGAAGACCAGUGGGCAAUAAGCGAAGUCUUUCUACUCCCACUAUUACUCUCAAGAACAGAGUAAGUGAGCCAAGCAAGGGGAGCUCUGUACCAGAUGUUCUUACCUGUAUGCUUAAAGACACAACCUCUGAACACAAGGCUCAUCUAUUUGACCUGAAAUGCAAGAUAUGUACAGGACAAAUGGGAGACGAGGAACCUCCAAACAAAAAAAAUAGGGUGUCUGAAUCAAGCGUUAAGCAUUAUUCGCGGUGGAGGAAGUCUACAGGAGAUGACUCACCUCUACGAGUACCACCUGACUCACCUGACUUUGAUUAUUCAUCAUCUGCUUUCGACCCUUCAUGCCCUCUUAUUAUUGACACCAGUGAUUUUGCUGUUGUCGAAUCGCCGGCUUCCCCUAUUAUGGAUUCUCCGGCCUCUCCUACUUUAGAGUCACCUGCUUCCCCUGUCAUGGAGUCUCCUACAUCUCCAGUUUCGGACACUUCUAAAACCACAAGAUCAAAAAGAACAUAUACACCUGUUGUGAUUCCAGCCAUCUCCACAGUAACUAUUACAAGGCGUGAUCCCCGUACUGCAGCCAAUAGGAGCUCUGCAUCAUCACGUAGCACCUCUGGCCCUAUAACUACAUUAAAGAAUCAGUCAGCACCUUAUGCUCCUCCUACAGAGGGUACCUGUACUUCACCAUCCAUACCACAGUUGACAGUACCACCAACAAAACUAUUACCAAAGCCUAUCCUAAUGAAACCGUCCUCUUCAGCUGAUCCCCGACUCUAUGGCACAUCCUCAAGAAAUGUGAUCUCUGAAUCUCCAGCCAGUGGCGAAACUUCGCAGUUCCUGGCCAAGCAAGAAAUAGUGUGGAAAGGCUUCCUCAACAUGUUCACCGUAUCAAAGUUUGCUACGAAGGCGUAUCUGGUUUCAGGAUCUGCCGAAAUUCUGAGAUCGGAACUAGCUGACAGCGUAGAAAUUGGUGGACGAAUCAUGCCUCAAACAGUGUGGGACUAUGUUGCCAAGCUCAAGACCAACAUUACAAAGGAGUUAUGCGUAAUCCGCUUUCAUCCUGCUACUGAAGAAGAGGAGGUGGCAUAUAUCUCGCUCUUUUCCUACUUCAGCAGCAGAGGGCGUUUUGGUGUAGUUUCCAACAAUAGCCGUUCCAUCAAGGAUAUCUACCUUGUACCGCUGAGCGCAAAGGAAUCCAUCCCAUCCAUACUGCAACCUCUGGAAGGACCAGGACUUGAAAAGAACAGGCCCAAUCUUCUUCUUGGUUUAGCAAUUAUCCAAAAAGCAAAACGUUCCGGAAGUGUACUUCAGGAAAUAGAUGAAAAGAGAUCAAAAGUUGUGUCUAAAGACCCCAUGUGGAUCCCAAAACCUCCAGUUCUCUAUGGUUCUGGCAAAUUGGAGGUUUUCCAACCCUAUGAUCCUGAGACCCCAACAAACACAACCCCCCCUGUUUCACCCCCUUGUCCUGGGUCACCAUCAGAAUUCUCUUCUAACACAGAAACUCUACCAUCACAUGUGACCUCUAUUAACGCAAACCCCACCGUUUCGACCUCAGCCCCUGAUGCAUCCACCCAGUCCACAUCCAGUCACAUCCCUGACAGGAAAACGAAAGCCCCCACACCACUAUCAACUAUCUUAAGUACAUUGUUUAGAAAAAAGCAAACUACUGUCAUUGUCUCUAAUGAGGAACAUUGUACUACUAAUGUGACAACAGUAAGUGCUAAGGUAUCUGUGCUUUCUCAUGUGUCCGGAUCAAUGGUGGAUCCAAUUGUUCAACAGUAUGGACAGAAGUCUAAAGUCAAAGAUAUAGAAGAGGAGUACACAUUUGAUCGUCCGUAUGACCCAGAGGAGGAGUAUGAUCCAGCAACGGGAUAUGGAACCGUUUCUUCACAGAGCAAAGGAAACAAUAAUUCGAAAGAUUCUCCAUUAUCAAAAGCUGCAGAUGAUGAUGUGGCCUAUGAUCCAGAGGAUGAUACUAUUUUUCAAGAUGUGCAUUGUAAUGCAACGAAACCGAAUCAACCUAAAAUGUCAAACUGUCCAUCAUCAACAUUCCCAAUUUCCACACAGGUUGAAACACAGUCUUUUGCCAAAACUCCAACUCAAACUUCUUCUCUAACUGCAGUUCCUCAGAACCUUCCCACAGGUUCUAUAGUUGUCUCAGCUGCUACACUAACGGAGCAGCAGCGAAUGCUUGAGGAACUUAAUAAACAGAUUGAAGAGCAAAAACGACAGUUAAAGGAACAAGAAGAGGCACUUCGUCAACAAAGAGAAGCUGUAGGUAUGUUCAUGGCACACUUUUCUGUUACCGAUUCCAUGAUGUCUCCUCCAUCAAAGUCUCUGCCUCUCAGUCAAGUCUCAUCCCUUCAAAGUGGGAUAAUUCACUCAGAGUCAAAACCUUCAGAAUCAAAAGAUUCUAAGCCAGAAGAGGCCAGCAAUCUAACAGAGGUUGUGAAUGAUCCCAGCAGGGAGUCACAAACUGAUAGCCAGGAAAACACAAAUGCCAUUCCUUGUUUAAAUAUCACUUCAGUUAUACAACAAGAUGAAGUAUCUCACAAUAUAAAGGAAAAUGAAAAAUCUUCAUCUGCUGGUGAAAUUGAGGAUUCAGAUGUACCUUAUGAUCCAGAGGAUGAACUUUUCAAUGAAAUCCAAGAUGAUGUAUUUCAAGUAGGCACCACAAAGACUCAGGAUUCCUCUUUACCGAGAACAUACGCAGCUCCAAUUUCAUAUCACAGCAGAAGGCGUAGGUCAUCACCAAAGAAGCGAAGUCAUCGUGAAAGAGACCGCUGCAGAAGUCCUUCAAGGAGAUCCCAUCAAUGUUCCGUUUCACAUUCCAGGAAACACAGGGAAAGGGAUAGACACAGAAAAAGUGAACGAGACAGGUCAAAGCAUAGAACUAGAGAUCAAUCUGAACGUGAGGCUCGUCAUCGUAAAUCACAUAGUACACGGCGACAUUCCCAUGAUCACAGGUCACCAUCCUCUACAAGAAAAAACGAUUUGGUGCCACCAGAAGAGUUCAGGGCGUCCCCCAAUGUCACUGUUUCCUUUGAAAUGUCAGUUGAACCCAGAUGAUGUACAAUUUGAACAAAGUAACACAUUACAUACCUCACUUUCUAUGGAAAAUACCAGCAAUGAAAGCUCUGAUAAAGUCUUUUCACAAGAGAAUUUGGCCAAUUUAAGAUUAGAAACUUCACAACAAACAAACUCCAACGAACCUGUAGUAAACAAGGACAGUGUGCUUAAUAACUCGGGUAAUGUUUUUCCUCCCCAGAUGAAUACACAGCUAGGAAAAAGUGGAGAUAAAUUUGAAAGUUCAGUUCCUCUGAGAGAAAUUGACCCCCCCAUUCGAGAUUCCCCUGAGAGCCCUGACCCUGAUCCACAGUUUAUAGAACCAAGUGUGGUAGCUCAAUCUGAUAAAAUCAUUGAUUGUCCAAACACAAAUCAGUAACCUUACACCAGCUGUGGAAGUAGACAACGAAUUACAGCUUUCUGUAAACCAUGCAACUUUACCACUACACUUUGAAGGUAAAUCAAAUGUUGGCAAUCUCAUUUUUAGAGCACUUGAUAUACAGGGAUCAGAUUCAGGAGAGCAAAAUAUGACACAGAAAGAGAGAGAGCAGAAAUGUUUCAGUCAAACGCUUUCAGAAAUACUGGGUCAAGGGGGUGGACCUUUAAACCAAGAUAUGAAAAUAAGUACUAGUGUAGGACCUGAAAUGGGCCAUGUUCUAGUAGGUAGUGAGCCGGACGAACAUACUGAAGUUCCUAAUCUGAAGGGAGAUGAGAAUAUGUCCCAGUCAGAACAACCAGCUAGCAAGCCAUGUGUCAUGGAUAUUGGGGUUUUACAGAUUCAAGGUAUGACUUCAGAUUUGACAAAAAAUGAUUUAAAUAGAAGGAAUUAUGAUCAAGAAAGUAUUUUAAAGUCAAAUGUAUCCACAUGUUCAGAUGAAAAGCAUGCAAAUAAAAAACACAUAAAAAGAGAAGAGGCAUCCAUGCAUAGACCAGAGCAAACUAUAAAAUACAGACAUUUUGAGGCUAACACUUCCUACAGGGGACAAGAUACUGUUGGAUCUGCACACCAUUUCAAGGAAUUGCAGUAUGAUAUUAAGUUGGAGAGGAGUGUGCAAAGCCUUGAUAUGAAAGUGUCAGAAAACCUACACGAACAUAGAAAGCACGGUGUCAGAGAAGUUUGUUCAUUAGGGCUUGGUCAAGUUGUAGCUUGUAUGGGUGGUCAACGUUUUAGUGAUGCAGUUGACUUGCAUGUUCCAGACCGAGACAUUGAAGAAAGACUUCCAGAUAGCAACUAUGUAAAUAUUCAAGGAAGAAAUAAGUAUGACCAAUGUCCUGAGAGGACAAAUGAAAAAAGUGAUCAACAAGACCAAUGUUCUUUUUCUAAUAUUAUGAAUACAGAUUGGAGAACUCAAAAAACUGGAAUAGAAGUUAAGAGGAGUGAAAACAUGGAACUCUUUGAUUGUAAGACAAACCUAGAUUGGAGUUGUCCAGGAUCAGUGGGAGAUUCAGUCAGAAUAGGGCAACAUGGACAAAAUGAAGGGAAGCUCCAUCAGCCUGGUUGGAGAGGGACAACUAUCGAAAGCCAUGGACCUGUCAAAAGCGUUACUGGAGGUAUAGACCCUUGUAAAUCAUGGAUUGAAAUGGGAGGGCCAGAUGUAGGGCCUUCAAAGCAUGAUAGCAGACUACCAGGUUGCCCAGAUGUCACCGGACCAAGACUCGAGAAGAUGUAUCCUGAUAUAGAAGUCCCAGUACGUGACUGGAGAGAACCGGAUGAUCCAGAUUUCAUCGGACCCAUGGCUAAUGCCAGAGGACCCGAUAUGGAUAACUGGAAUGGACCACAGAGAUUAUGUACUGACAUGAGAAUUCCCAUGCAUGAUAGGAGAGGACCAGAUGUUUGUGAUUUCAGAACACAGGAAAGGAAAAAUCCAGCUAUGGUGGAUGGUUUUCUUGGCAGGAAACCCGUAAAUCCUGAUUUCAGAGAACCAAGAACUGAAAUGAAACAUUCAGCUAUGAAUAGUUUAGGAUACGGCGUGAGAGGGCCAAGUGUUCCAGACCAUUUAGGAUCAUGUUUUGAAGGAGUUCUGGGUAGGGAAGGCACUGUACAUGACAAUAGAGGGCAGAGAGGUCCAGGAGGCCAUGAUGUCAGGGGAAAAGGGCCUGAUGAAAGAAAACCUGCAAUGGAAUGUCUGAGGAUUGACACAAAAGGUCGUGUAGGCUCACAUUUCAGUGGGCCAGGGAAUGAAAGGAGGGAAUUAUCAAUCAACCGUCCUUGGGACACUCAGUCAGAAACUGGGAAUCCAAAUAUGAAGGUAACCUUGCAUGACUGGAGAGGUCCAGAUAUUAUGGGACCAGGACCUGAAAGAGAUCACAUAGGGCCUGAUAACAGAAGACAUCAACCAUUUAUGGAGAAUAGAAUACUAGAAGCAAGAUUUCCAAACAGACCAGGGGAUCAACUUUUGGGUCCAAUCACAGUGUGUCCGGGGCCUGAUAGGAGACAUCCAAACAGGCACGAAAUUAGGUACAACAGUGUUUUUUCUGACAGGAGAGGCACUGAUCAUCCUUUCAGAGGACCUGGCCCAGAUAAAAUACUUCCACAAAUGAUCAGCCCAGAGUGCAACUGGAGAGGUCCACAUUUAAGAGCUGAUUUAGAGCCUGAGAGGAAAGGUCCAGCUAGUCAAGAUUUUAGAGGACCAGAAUGUGCAAUUAGAAAUCCAAAUAUUGAGGGCUUGGGGCCUGACAGACGAGAACCGGGAGACCGUGACUUCAGAAAUACUAGUUUUCAGAGGGGUGCAGGGGGUACAGGUCCUAACUGGAGAGAAUAUAGCCCACCAUUUAUGGGACCAGGAAAUAGGCAGAACAGCAGGUCAGGGCCAGACAACAGGGAAGAUCAAAGCCAUGGAAGGAAAUGUGACUUACAUGGGGAGGUCCUCAGAGGAACAGAAGUGUCAUUUGAAAGUGCAGACAUAGAGGGUAGACAGCGUGAUGAUAAUGGUAGAAAUUUGAAGGUUUCAAUGCCUAUGAGAGGAAAUGAUAGAGGCACAGAACUUGGUAUAAAUAGUCACCAAGCCAAAUGGAAAGCAACAGAUUGCAGGUACCAAGCACCAGAUCAUAGAAGCACAGACGCUGAGGAGCACUGGUCAGAUGAACGUGAAAUGCAAUGUAAAAACGAGUGGAACCGUCAAGAUAACCGGUAUCCUCGGCCGAUUGCUGAGGGUAUUGAUGUGCCAGUUUUUGAAUAUAAUACAGGGGACCCUUGUAAUGCACAGAGGGGCCCUGGGAUGAGGGAGCGCGGGCUUGUACCAGAACGGACACCUUUGCCAUUUUCUGGCCCUAGGAGAAUUACUGCGGAUGAUAGGAGUGGUCCUGGCUGUAGGGAGCCAAGGCGUUUCCAAGAUAAUACUGAUAUAGUGCGUGCUAGGCCUGGUAGAUUAGGACCUGGAAAUGACCGUAGAGAGACUAGUAGAGGACGUGCUGAGCCAAGAUGGGGAUCUGAAAACAUAGGCUGCAGACAACAAGAACACGAAAGGAGAGUUCAAGAGGCAAGGCAAUCACGAAGCAUGGAACGGGCAAGGCCUGUUCCUGAUAUAAAUAAUUCAUUCCAAAACAGAAGAGAAUUUGAGAUGCAGGACAACCAUGAGCGAAGAGGAGUAGGAGAUACAGAUGUUCGAUUCCAUGAAAAUUCAUAUAUUGAAAGGCCAGUGAGUGACGUGAGAAAUUUACAUUCUGGAGCAAUAGAACCAGAAAGGGAAGGUUUAGACAUUAAAGGUCCUACACCAGGUGGCCAAGGAUCUGAAUCUGGUUUUAGGAUGGAAGGCCCAGACAUGAGAAGGUUUAUUCAUAACAGAAUGGACAUGAGGGGGGCACCUGACAACCUAAGACUGGGACAUGGGCCUAGUGUGUGGGAUACAGACACUGAGGUUCCUGUGUGUAAUAGAAGAGUUGGAGACAAGAUGGGCCCACGUUUAGACUCAAAUGAACCUGAUCCUGCGACAAAGGAUGGCAUGAAAUGUUCUGACAUAAGGGACUUAAGACGGUAUAAUAGACAAGAGUUAGACACUAGAGGUAGGAGACCAAGGCAGAAGGUUCAAGCAGUUCAUGGUCCUCAGAGGGGUCAUCGUGGUAGUUCAGAAAAUCCACAAAGCCAACAAGUAAAAAUUCCAAAACCUAGGGCUGCCUUGCUGCCCACUCCAACUGAAGGCCGCAUAUGCUUACCAAAUCAUAAGAUUAGCAAUUCCAGCAUGUUCAGCAUAAACCAAAAACAAUUGGGCCACCAUAUUAACAGGCAAUGGAGUAGAGGUAGAUCAUAUAGUCAAGAAAGACAAAGACAAGAGGCAGAAAAAGGUCCUGCUGGCAAGGGGGGGGGCGAAAAGUGCAACAAAAGUCACAAGUAGGAAGCCUGCCAUUUAUGUCCUAAAACUAAGAACAACCAUACUAUGGACUUGUGUUAAAACACAAAAGUAUUUGUGAAGCUGUCAUACAUAACAUUACAUGACUGGGGAAAACCCAUGCCUCAAUGAACAACAUGACUUAAAGGCAAAAUCAAUGUGAUGACUACCAAGUGAAAUUUUACCAGGUAUUUCUAUUGACAAUGUUCAUCUUGGUUGAACAGUCGUUAUAUAAGGCCUUCUAUGGUUCUCUUUAAUUGAAACUAAGUGUGUCAAUCCCUAACCACCCGUGAAUUCAGGUUUUGGAGCAUUUUCAUGAACAUUGACAAAUGUUUGUACAUAAAUGUAUAUAUUUAAUUUGUAGUCAUAGUUUGGUUUAUAGUGUAUAUGUUGCUUCAGUUUAUGACCAUUUUACAACUACAAAAAAAUAAAAAUAAUAAGACCAA